CUUCAUAGAUGUUGUCAAUAAGAUGCAUGAAGCAAAUAUCUCUGUUCAUCUUUCAGUCCUCAGGAAUGAGUACCUAGCAAUAGCAUUUGAUUACUUCUCUCACUCGAUCGUUGAGAUUGCGACACUGGUUGCAGGGAGCCCUUGCUCUGAUGUAAAUGCCAAGUUGGCCUACCAAAUCUUACCCAUAGAGCUCGGUGCUCAUAUCGCACUGGUUCCACCUGAGGCAUUGCCUCCAGCCGAAGCUCCUGCCCCUGCUCUUCAAGUUUCAGACAUUCAAGAUCCAGCACUACCACCGGUGGCCGACCUCUAGGAAAAGUCAUCGGCCGUUACUCCUCCUACAACUACUCCAUCAAGCAGUCAAUCAACAAAUGUUGCCAGCAUUGCUCUGUCUCUUCGCAGUGAUGCUCAGUUCCAUGUAUUUAAGCUAUCGGUGAUGCAUGGUGUUCAUGAUGGUUUCAGCUAAUUGUAAUUGUAGAUAACUUGUGUUUCUCUCAUCUGAAAUAGAUGAAAAUUGUUUAUCUAACUUUAUGAGGAUGAAUAAAUAUGAGUGAGAUGAUUCAAA